AUGUCGCCUAAAUAUAAGAAAACAACAUCGAUACAACCAGCCUUGUCGGAGACGCAGGAGGCCGAUCAUUCCUGGCUAGGCCCAAUAUGGGCCAGUGUUGAUCGGAUAAUGAACGAAGAACAGGUGGAUGCAAAAACAUACAUGGAAAGUUACACGGCUAUCCACGAAAUCGUGCGUUGUCCGAGCCCUUCUCUCUCGGCCCCAACUCUUUACAAACAUUUUAGUGAUUAUCUGAAAAAAUAUCUUCUUUCCGUACAGCGUCGGCUGAAGGGCGCUACUGAUGAGGAUGUUCUGAUUCUAUAUGUCAAAGAAUGGGACAAAUACGCUAAAGCAGCUCGAUUGAAUAACAACCUCUUCGGAUUCUUGAAUCGUCAUUAUGUACGAAGGGAAAGAGAUGAAGGGAGAAAGAACAUUUAUAUAAUAGGCUCCUUGCACUUGAUCCGAUGGAAAGAAGACGUGAUAAAUGAGAUACCGGAAGAGGUCACAAGAGAAAUUCUGAAACAGCUCGAAAAACAACGAAAUGGCGAAACUAUUAAGCAGGACGUUCUAGAGCGUGUCAUAGAUUCUUUCAUCUCGCUGGGAACUGACAUAAUUGGUAAUAUCGAGCCAAACCUUGACGUCUAUAUGAAAUGCUUCCAGGAGCCUGUUCUGGCGACUACCGGGGAAUAUUAUAUAAAAGAACCCCAUCAGCUUGCAGGUGAAAAUAUUGUGGUCAAAUACAUGAGAAAGGCCGAGACUCGACUAGAAGAGGUGAAGAACAGGGCUGUUGUAGUUGCCGAUCGCAAUUAA